UAUUCUGAAAAUCUUUGAGCGGAUGUUGUUGUCAGCUGACAGUACUUCCUCCUUGCGUAUUCGUGUUGCACGGUUAUACGACUUAAUUUUCUCAUCCCUUUCACCCCUAUGUGGGUGAAACACAAGUGCUGGUGAAAUGUCUGCGAAGCCAACUUGUCUGAUAGUCGCGAGUGCGUCUCCUCAAGGUGUGUCGGCGGCGUCUUUCCAUCAGUCCUUCAGUCUCUGUAGCGGAACGUUUAACCUGCAGACCGCCACUCCCGGGGGGAAGCCUCUGGACUUUGUCGGCGUGGAUGAAACCACCAGCAGGUGGGUGCAGGACUUCAGCGUGAAGCCCUAUGCGACGCCCGCUAAGCUUGAAUCUAUAGACGGUGCCCGGUACCAGGCGCUGCUGCUCCCCGACUGUCCCGGAGCGGUGAACGACCUGGCACGCAGCGGCUCUCUGCACCGCAUCCUCACGCACUUCGUUUCUCAGCAGAAGCCGGUCUGCGCCGUGGGACAAGGAGUGUCUGCUCUGUGCUGCGCCACCGAGGGGCAACGAUGGAUUUUCAGCGGCUACAGUUUGACAGGACCGUCAGUGUUUGAGCUGGUGCGGAGGCCUGACUUUGCCAACCUGCCCUUGAUUGUGGAAGACUUUGUGAAAGACAGUGGCGGAUCGUACACAGCAAGUCAAGAUGAUGCGGUGCACGUUGUCAUAGACCGACACCUGAUAACGGGCCAGAACAUGGCGUCCACGUCACUCGCCGUCAACAAUCUGAUCCUGCUCUGUAGCAAGGAAAAAUAGAAAUGUCUGAGACCGCUCACUCCUUUCACCUUUAUGUUCAUGUUAAACAAACAUUCAGAAACAAAGUUCGGAAGAAGCUGGAUCAGAACAGACCUUAGGCAGCUUUAUAAAUACAGCUUGAUAAAGAUGUAACAAAAGGCCACACAAUCAAAUGUGUUGAGUAGACGCAGGCCUGACUGGUGACUGAAGUGUUCAAAGGACUAAAAACAAGCUCCACAAACUCAGACCCGAGAGCAAAAUGUGUGUUCGAAAAAACAUUUCUGGAUUUAGAGAAGAGUGAGAAGAGGCCACUUAACUGACGAUCAUGCACCUUCGACUGUUGAAUGGACACGUGUUACUGCACUGACGCAACUGUACAGGAUGUGACUCGUUUUCCACCAUAAAAGUCAUGAAAAGAAGCAAAGUCUA